UGUACACAUCAUGAGGCGCCGCGGUACAACACGACACCACCACAGUCCGCGUCCCAACAGAGAUGACAGGCCUUUUCACUUCUGUUGCCGCCGUUUGUGAGGUGUGUGCCGUCAACCCAGCGGAUCGUACUGUGCACCAGCACGCAUGGCGCACCGCCGCGGGGAUGAGGGCGACCGUGGGCCCGGAGCAGCUUACCAGGCGUUUGUAUCUAUGGAGUGUUUGCUGGAGAAGCUGCUCAUUCUAAACUAUGAAGAGGAGGUCCUCGCCAAACACAACAUAAGGAACCUGUCUAGACAUUACUUUGUGUCCAGUCCCUACCUCGAGGCCAACUCGGGUGAACAGUUCUACAUGUUCACCAUCAUCGCCUCCUGGCUCAUCAACGCCGCAGGCAGGCCGUUUGAUGAGAAUAUGGAGUGCGGAGAGCCCAGCGCCACCAUAUCGGACAUCCUCGCAGAGCUGCGGGCUUUUGGCGUCCGUGUGGACUUCCCGCCCUCCAAGCUGUUGUCCGGCUCAGGCGAGCAUGUCUGCUUUGUCCUCGACAGACUGGCUGAAGAAGCUUUGAAGAAGAGAGGCUUUUGCUUCAGGAGCCCAAAAUAUCCACCAGAAACCACAGAGGAACCCCUUGUGGUGGAGGACGACGUGGAACUCACCCUUGGCAACGUGGAGGAGGAGGCGAUUGAGGAGCUGGAUGAUGACGAGGAGAAUGCGAUGGACUUGGAGGCCUUAAAGUUACGCAGCACUCAACGUGAAGUGUCCUCCGUAAUUACAGAAAUACUUCAGCCCACAGUGGACGCGUCUGAGUGGUACCUGGAGGUGGAGCGAGUCCUUCCGCAGCUCAAAGUCACAAUCAAAAAUGACAACAAGGAUUGGAGGGUCCAUGUGGAACAAAUGCACCAACACCGAGACGCCAUCUCGUCUUCCUUCAAAGAGGCCAAGGGAUAUCUGGAGAAGCUGCGGGAGGACAUCGGAAAGACUUUGGAGAAGGUCCGCAGUCGAGAGAAGUACAUCAACAAUCAGCUGGAGCACCUCGUCCAGGAGUACCGCAGAGCUCAAGCUCAGCUCAGCCAGGCGAAAGAACAGUACCGGCAGGCCAGCGAGAAUCUGACGGAGAAGGCCCGCAUCCUAGCCGACAUGGACGACGAACUAAAGCGGGUGAAGCAGGAGACAGAGGAGAGGAGCAGCAGCAUGUCGGACAAAGCGCCGCUAGUCAACAUCAAGCGCUGCGUCGCCAACCAGAAGCAAGAGAUCGUACAGCUCAGCAAAAUGAUCGCCAGUCAACGCUUGCAGAUGAAGAAGUCCAACAGUUUACGGGACACCAUCGACUUUACAGAGACACCACGCUUUUCACGCAGCUCAGACGUGUGGACUUGGGAUUCAUGAACGUCAUCCAUAAUGCACUUAAAAACAUUCAGCCAUUAGGGUGAGCUGGAGCCUAUCCCACGGUGAUUCAAACCCAAACAUCUUGACUGUGAGGCACACGGGCUAGCCACUACUCUGCCGUGCUGCCAUGACUGUGUCUCAAUGGAAGACUUCCAUCAGUACACUUCAAUAAGUAGUACUUACACUGUGUACUUAGUUCCUGAGAGUGCAAGUUUUGCACUCCAUUACUGUCGUUGCACACUUACUGGAAAUGACAAUCACAGUGUUUACGAUUUAAGUGACUGCAUCAAAGGCAUCUUUCCCCUUCUGCCACUUUGAAGCCAACCAUUUUGACUGUUUUGAGUACUGUACUGACAGUGCGCUGCAUUAUGCUGUACUUCUCAGUGUGAAUGCACCCAAAAGUGUAAGUACAUAAGUGAGUGCAUUGAAUGCAGUUAGUACAGUUUUUAGUUUUAUACUUACAUUACAUUAAUGUGUAUAAACAUGAAAAGUAAACUUUUUAAUUUGGGCGUAUCUCUGGGUGACAGUAUGUUUUCAUGGUAUUUUAAUAAAAAUUGCCAAGGCAUGAUGUACAGUAAGUUCAGGUGUAAUCACCAGGUUAGGGUUGUACGGUAUACUAGUAUUAGUAUAGUACCACGAUACUAAUGAAUUAUAUUCGGUACUAUGCCACCUCUAAAAAGUGCCGGUACCUCACUACCCAACCCCCGGUGUCGUCACAUUAUGACAUUGCUGGUUUUACGAGCAGACGAGCAUGUUCGGCAGCACACAAUCACGGAGUACUUACAAGCAGACACAGUGUGUAGACAGAAAAGGGAAAAUGGACCCAUUUUGGCUUAAAAACUAAAGAUAAAGGUGAAGAUA